UUCUCCAACCCUGGGGGGGGGAAAAGACUGUGCAUUCAUCCUAUCUAUGCCCCUCAUAACUUUAUACACCUUCCCUCAUUCUCCUGAGUGAUUUUAAUUCUGAUGAUAGAAAACACUACAAAAGUUUUUAUUUAAGUUUUGUAAACUGGGUCUGGAUUUUGCUAGGACAAGAGCAAUACAGAAAAGGUAAUUAGACAGGUACAUGGAAAGGGAAGUUUUAGAGGGAUGUGGACCCUAGCAGGCAAAUAGUUCUAGCUAUGAUGGGCACAUCAGCUAGCAUGGAUGAGUUAGGCUGAAGGGCUCACUUCCAAAGUGUGUUGCUCUGACUAUGCCGCAGAAAGUGGUGGCUGAGUCUCUGUUCACGUUACUCUUUUGUCUUUUACUUCCAGGUGGCUUUGUCUUCAAGCAAUGGAAGGAGAAAUUCUUCUUUCUGUCACUGGGGGGAUCAUUGGUCAUCUGCCGUGAUCAUGACUCGCUGCCUGAGAUGGAAGUGCCGCUGGCUACCAGCUGCCAUGCCAUUCUAAAGGGCAGCCAGAUCAGUGAUUUGCCCCGGCUCCCAAUGGGCGCAGAGAGGGACUGCUGCUUGGCUCUGGUCCUUUCUGAAGGCAAACUACUCCUCUUACUAGCAGCGGACAGUGAAGACUCCAGUCGAUGGCUGAAAAUGCUUAACAAGGUGAAAGAGUGCUUUUCACCCAGCGUACCCAAAUGUAUGAUCCAUGUGGAUAAACAGCGCAGGAUGUCCUUCAGAGAGAAGGAGCACGUGGCAGGAGAGAAGUCAUGUCAGCACCAUGAAGGCAAACCAAACAGGUCCAAAGUCCGUCGGUCAGCAGACUGCCUCCGCCAUGGUGCUCAGUCACACAAGGUGGUUGGGGCUGCCUGCCUUCUGGUGGGUGGGGCGGCAGUUGGCCCCACCCUCGGUUACUCGGUAACCUCAUCAGCCGCUCAACCUUCCACCACUGCCUCACCAGAUUUCAAGGACCUCGGUAUCCACUCGUCCGAUGGCUGCCAAGAGGCUGACUGUGGGAGCUACAGCACUUUUGAAUGUGAAGCUAUGGACCAGGACUUCGACGCCUUCGACUUUGGGGGGUUUGCGUUCUAGAUGAUUGGU